AUGCAGCUUUCAGAUGUCAGCAGCUUACCCAGCCUGAAAGAACUUCUUCAGCCCUCUGCAGACAAGGACACACGGGCCUGGGACCUCGUGAGCUGGAUUUUAUCCUCCAAGGUCCUGACCAUCCACAGUGCGGGAAAGGCAGAGUUUGAAAAGAUCCAAAGGCUGACUGGUGCCCCUCACACGACUGUACCAGCACCGGACUUCCUGUUUGAAAUUGAGUACUUCGACCCCGCCAACACCAAAUUUUAUGAGACCAGAGGAGAACACGACCUGAUCUAUGCCUUCCAUGGUAGCCGCCUGGAAAACUUCCAUUCCAUCAUCCAUAAUGGCCUGCACUGCCACCUGAACAAGACAUCUUUGUUCGGAGAGGGAACCUACCUCACCAGUGACUUGAGCCUGGCCCUCAUUUAUAGCCCCCAUGGCCAUGGGUGGCAGCACAGCCUCCUCGGCCCCAUCCUGAGCUGUGUGGCCGUGUGUGAGGUCAUUGACCAUCCAGAUGUCAAGUGCCAAACCAAGAAGAAGGAUUCCAAGGAGAUAGAUCACAGAAGAGCGAGGAUCAAACACAGUGAAGGGGGAGACAUCCCUCCAAAGUACUUUGUGGUCACCAAUAACCAGCUCCUGCGGGUGAAGUACCUGCUGGUGUAUUCGCAGAAGCAGCCCAAGAGGGCUUCGAGCCAGCUUUCCUGGUUCUCCAGCCAUUGGUUCACAGUCCUCAUAUCCCUGUAUUUGCUGCUGCUGCUCUUGAACCCAGCUGACAUGCUGUGAGGAUACUCAGGCCACACAGAGAGACGACAUGUAGGUGUUCUAGCCAAAAGGGCCCCUGAAAGCAAGCCUGCA